AUGGUUGGAGUACCCCACAGUAAUGGCUGUGCUACCUGUGUAAAGCGUCGCAUCAAAUGUGAUGAAAGACUACCUGGUUGCGCCAAAUGCGAGAAAUACGGGAAGCCAUGCCCAGGAUAUGAUAGGGGCUUUAAGUUCAUUACUGGAAAGCCCUAUCGUACCCCAAGGCAAAAAUCAAAGUCAGACACUGGCUCAUCAAGUGAGGAGCGGUCAAAGACUGGGAGCCCAAUUACGGGCAAUCGUUCCCAGGCCGGCCUACAGGCGGUUGUCUUGAAAGACCAACCAUGGUCUUUGACGUAUGGAGAUGUCAAUGUUAUGCAGAGUUUAGAAGCCCUAGUUCAGGAGUUCUCACAACCAACUUCACUUACUCAGAAGCACCUCGCUUCCCAAUGGUUUGGUUUCCUACCUUCCGUCUACGGGCUUAGCCAGACGCUGGAUGCUUCGAUCAAGUCAUUUACAGCACAUCAUUUUGGAAAAGUCCUUCAAAAUGACCAGAUGAUUGCCUAUGCUCGCUCUGCCUACGGAGAAGCUUUAUACAGACUCCGAAAGGCUUUAAAGGACCCCUCGGAAUGUCUGUCUUCGCAUGUCUUCUACUCCGUUGUCUUGUUAUGCAUGUAUGAGCUGUUCACGGAUACCGAGGACCCUGAAUCCUGGAUGAAGCAUGCAAAAGGACUUGGCCAGUUAGUCAAGAUUCGAGGGCCUGAGCGUUAUCGCAAUGACCUAGAUAUAACUCUACUCAAGAUCUCACGUGGAUUAAUUGUCAUGCACUCCAUGUUCUCUGGCGAGCCCUGCUUCCUCGCAAGCGAGGAUUGGCAUCACAUGAUGCGACAACAGCGUGCUCCGGACAUCUCGCUGGAUCUCCAUGAUUCCAUCGAGCAAUUCUUCGCGUACUUUACCUACGCCCCGAGUCUGGUGCACAAGUUCUACCAUCUAAAGCACACCGACAUUACCACGCCAGAAGCCCUGCAAAUUAUAUCAGCCACACUGGAACAAGCCCUCGACUUGCAAAGUAAACUUGCACCAUGGCACGAGCAAUUCUCCCAGAUUGCUCCACCUCCAGUCGAUAGUCUCGCUUCCACUGACGACCCCUUGUAUCCGAUUAUCUUGACGUACUCCAACAUGACCCAUGCAUCCAUCUAUUGCGGCUACUACGCCUAUAUGGUCAUCAUUCACGAAGUUUUGAAAACAUUUGGCUAUCCCGGUCCACACGCGGACAUGGUGACAUACUUCCGUGAUCAAAUCUGUCGAUCGGUUGAAUAUAGCUGUGUUGGUGUCCUUGGCCCCUAUCGACUGGGCUUCCCUCUACGAAUCGCCAUUGAGGUUGCCGACCCUACGACGAGAUCUUGGAUAUUGGCUCGUCUAGCUCAGUUCUCGAAAGUCUAUGCUGCGUCUGAACCCAAGAAUUAUGAACCAAUUUUGCCAUCAAAUACUUGA